CGCACCGUGGUGCUUGAUCCCAAUGUCAACGUGCCUGUGCAUGAUCUGCGCGCACUGUACUCCCUGGAGUGUCAUCAUUCACGGAAUAUAUGGUGCCUCAAUCUCAGGUUCCAUGGCGCCGAUGAUCGCCAACUUUACAGGCUUCGGAUAAAGUUGGCGAGCAUCGGCGCCCGCAUUACGGCUCGGUCGUUUCGCUUGAUGUCCUGAAGCUCAAUGGCCUAUUUAAGCUCUCCUCUCCGCUCUUCUGACACAGUCAUUCCCAGCGUGGCAGGCCGUCGGCUCGAAUUAUGACUUGAUUUACAAUAGUGUCAACGUUCAGGGUGGCUACAUUCUUUUCAGGAAGCUCCAGUCGUUUGAGCACGAAGAUCGUUCUUCAUCUGGUAUCAUGGAACCGAACUUAAAAGGCGUGUGGACUGCCACAAUCCUCGUCCUUUCGCUCUGCAUUGGUCGAUGCAACGGGCAGCAAUGUAAUGCAGGGGACAGCAAAGCUUUGCUGGAAUUUAAAGCAGGAUUCACAGAUCCUGGCAACCUUUUCAUAUCAUGGCAACAAGGAACUAACUGCUGCACCUGGAGUAUGGUGAACUGCACCUCGUCUGGCCGUGUGCAAGGGUUGCAGAUUCUGGCCCCAUUCCCAACCAGGGGACCUACUCCGAGACGGAAUCCAAGCUACAAUGGUGCUGUUGGAGCCACUGUGGGUGAUCUCUCCGAACUCGUGUCUUUGCAGCUCGAUUCCAUUUCGUUCGACGGUCCCAUGCCCAACACAUUCAACAAGCUCAAGAAACUGGAAGAUCUGCAACUCGUCUUCAACAAUUUUUCGGGGUCAGUGUCUCCGUCCAUCGGGGGAGCCACCUCUUUGAAGACCAUGAGAGUCGACUUAUACGGGCCUUUUCCUGUCGUAGGCCUAGUCCCUGCUCCAGUCCCCUUGAGUUUGUGCAACCUGGUCAAGCUUCAGUCGAUGGAGAUCAAUUUUGGCAUGACCGGAAACAUCCCAGCGUGUUUCUGCAGAUUCAACCAGCUGACAACAUAUGAUUUGUCCGGGAACAAUUUGGGCGGCGAGAUUCCGAAUUGCAUCGGCUACAAUCAACCGAAGCUUACAUCAUUUGUUGUAAGUUUCAAUAAGCUCACAGGUCCCAUCCCUGCCACUCUCAGUCGUCUGUCCAAGCUGGAGGAGCUUCAACUAGAUAACAACAAGUUGUCUGGAAGUAUUCCAGCGCAGAUCGGAAACCUGGUAAAUCUCGUGUAUUUGUCCCUCAACAACAACUCGCUGUCUGGCCCAAUGCCUGCAUCCCUCGGGCGUCUCACAAACCUCGGCUUCCUGGACUUGUCUACGAACUACUUGACCCGCGUCACCCCCGAGCUGGGCAAGCUCGUGAAGCUCACUAACUUGCUCUUGAAUUCUAACAAGCUGCAAGGAAGUCUUCCUCAAGCGAUUGCAACCGCUGGAAGCCAAGGGGAUGGACUUUUCUUCAACGUUUCGGACAACAUUCUGUCGGGAGCCAUUCCCAACCUUUGUAGUUCCGGCAAGUACUUCAGCUUCUAUGCUAGCAAGAACUUCUUCAGUGGAGGUUUCCCUCUGUUUCUGGCGUCGUGUACCUAUGUCGAUCUGUCCAGCAACUUCUUGUGGGAUUCCAGACAAGUGGGAACAUUACCGGCCAGCUCCCCACUCGCGGAGCUUUACCUGGCCAACAAUCGCUUUUCAGGACCCAUUCCAUCAUGGUUCAAUUCCCUGAUCGCUUUUACUUCUCAGACCAUCCAGAUCCUUGACAUUUCGGCCAAUAAAUUCACGGGCACCUUUCCUCCAUCUCUCUUCUCCCUUCCUAACCUGUCGAAGUUGAAUGGCUCUUACAACAUGUUCAACGGCCAGCUCCCGACGAAUUCCUUCACUGCGGCGCCCUCGUCGACUCUAGAUCUCGGUCACAACAGGUUCUACGGGCCCAUUCCCUCGACAUUCUUCGCAGGCCUGAUAGAUGCGACUUACUUGGACCUGUCUUUCAACAGCCUGAGCGGUCCGUUGCCGGCUAAUAGUGGGGACUUCAGUCGAUUACAAUACUUAGAUCUCUCCGACAAUGGGUUGACUGGCACAGUCCCGGCUUCCGUUGAGAACAUACCGUCCCUUGAGUACUUGGAUCUGUCCAACAAUAUGUUCACAGGCAAUGUGCCUUCCAAAAGGCCACCACCUGGUACCCAAUUCUGAUCGCGAAGUAUCAGAUUAGAAAUCACAGUAGACUAGUUCACAGUAUGUAGUGCUUGUGCUCGUGCUUGAAAUCGAUGUUUCGUCAGAUAGCUUUCACGAUCAAUUUCAGUAGAUGUUGCCAUAAAUUCAUAGGCAUUACGACUAUCCUAUUCUGAACUCUUUUAAGGAAAUUAAAAUUUCGCUUACCAUUGGA